CUCUCCAUUGAUCUACCUUUCCCAGCAGAGCACCUGAGUUACUUCUGAAGCCUCCAGCAUCGGCUCACCUUUCAGGGCCCCUCUGGAGCAGCCAUGAAGUUCCUCAUUCUGGUCCUCUGCCUUGCUCAGCUCUGGGAAUGCUACGCUGCCCCACCUGGCGUAGGUUUGGCCUAUGGACAAGUGAAUUGUGAUGACCCAGAAGUAGAGCAAGUAGCUAUGGCAGCUGUGGACUACAUCAAUAAGCACAGGAGUCAAGGCUACAAGCACACCUUGAACCAGAUUGACAAAGUGAAAGUGUGGCCUCCGCGGCCCACGGGAGGAGAAGUGUUUGAGCUUGAAAUAGACACACUGGAAACCACCUGCCAUGUACUGGACCCCACCCCUGUGGUCAAUUGCUCUGUGAGGCCGCUGAGAUAUCACGCUGUGGAAGGAGAUUGUGAUUUCCGUGUGCUGAAACAGGAUGGCCAGUUGUUCGUGUUGUUUGCAAAAUGUGAUUCCAGUCCAGACUCUGCAGAGGAUGUGCGAAAAGUGUGCCCAGACUGCCCCCUGCUAGCUCCACUUAAUAACACCGGGGUGGCAAAUGCUGUAGAUGCUGCGCUGGAAGCUUUCAAUGCGAAUAAUAGUGGCUCCUACUUUCAGCUUGUGGAAAUUACCCGGGCUCAAAUUGUGCCUCUUCCACCUGCAACCUACGUGGAGUUUGCAGUGGCUGCCACUGACUGUGUUGCUAAAGAGGUCACAGACCCAGCCAAAUGUAACUUGCUUGCAGAAAAGCAAUAUGGCUUCUGUAGGGCGACCAUCUAUGAGAAGGUUCUUGGGGGUGGUCCUGGGAAUGCUGAUGAAGUGACCUGUACAGUGUUCCCAACACAGCCUGUGGUACUACAGCCUCAGCCAGACACCAAUACACCCACCUCUGGAGCAGCUUCAGCUGCGCCUCCACCCCCUCCAGCUAACCUGCCAGCGGGUGCCAAGGUGGUGGGACCCCUGGUGGUGGCAGCUCCCCCGCCAUCUGCAUCAGUGAACCGGGCACACCAUGACCUUCGCCACACCUUCCCGGGUGUGGCCUCAGUGGAGUCAGCCUCAGGAGAAGCGUUCCAAGUGGGGAAAUCACCCAAGGUGGUACAGCCCGGAGUGGAUGCUGCUACUGGGCCACUGGUCCGCCCUUGCCCUGGGAGAAUCAGACACUUCAAGGUCUAGAUGAAGGUUAGAGAUGAGAAGGAUUGGCAAAAAGAACAUAGCCACCAUUUUGUCCAAGUCUGAGUACAGGUAGGGGCCUUGUCUGCUAUCAAAGCAAGUGACACAUGUGGUCUAGAUUAAUAUCAAGCCUGGAAUUCCAACUUCUCUUCACUCUUCAGAAAACAGAAGCAGAGGGGGUGACAGUUAUGUCUGAUAAAAGGCGUAAAGCCAGCCACUCAAUUGUCAUUGUUUUGAUGCUAAGCCACCACCACUGCUCUCCAUCUUCUUUGACCUCACAAAAAUGAGAACUGUGAUUUUGACAGGUGUUCUUGCCAAGCUUAUAUUUGCCUAUUAAUAAAAGUGUCUGGAGGUCCUUCCUUCAUAAAGAAGGUUCUAAGCUGAAA